UAGCUCCUGUUUUGAGUUCCGUAUCCGCAACCAAAGCUUCUGCAGAAUCUCCACACUCUCUCUCCAUUUCGCUCUCUCGCUCCUUCGUGAUCCGCCGCCUUUCCCCUUCUCCUCUCCCAUGGCCGCUCUCGCGCCUCCCCCGGCGUGCGCCGCUCGAUCCGUCGACGCCGCCUCCCUCCUCCUCCUCUCUCCCCGGCCUCUGCUCCUCGCUCCUCCCAAUCGCCGCGUCGCCCCCGCCCUCUCCGCCUCCGUAAGCUUCUCACCCUCCCCUGUUAUCCGAGAUCGAGGCCCUAGGGUUUCUUGCGCCGCCUCUUCGUCCUCCUCCUCUUCUUCUUCGUCUUCUUCGGAAGGUAGAGGCGGAGGAGAGGGUGAAGACGACGAGGAGGAGAACGGAGGAGGAAAUGGAAGAGGAGGGCCGAGCGACGAGGAGGUGGAGAGGGCGCUGGGGCUGGACGGGAGCAUCCCUAGGAGCUCGCACGAGUUCGUGAGGCGCGUCUCCUCCCGCGCCUACGACAUGCGCCGCCACCUCAUGCAGACCAUCGACUCCAUCAGCUACGACGUAUUAGAGACCAACCCUUGGAGGGAAGACUCAAAGCCAGUUUAUGUGCUGACUCAAAGAGAUAAUCAAAUAUGGACAAUGAAAACCCGCAGAAGUCGCAGUGAGGUUGAGAAGGAACUUGGGAUGCUGUUCUCUAAAGCUGGAAAGCGGGCAUCAGAAAUUGGCAGUAAGGCUAAAAAUUCGAGUGUUGGUUCCAAGUUCCACAUGCUUGUCGAAGAUAUAAGGGAGGGUGUUCUUGUUUUUGAAGAUGAGAAUGAAGCAACAAAAUACUGCGACCUACUACAAGGAGAUGGUCAAGGUUGCGAGGGCAUUGCAGAACUCGAGGCAUCAUCGGUUUUCGAUAUUUGCAGCAAUAUGAGGGCUCUUGCUGUUCUUUUCCGUCGAGGAAGGACUCCUCCAUUGCCUAAAAGCCUCGAGCAGAAUUUGAAGGCUAGGAAAAGAUCACUGGAGGACUAGAGGACCUUAUGCGUCUAGUACUAAAACAAGAAAAGAGAGUUUAGAAAGAGAACACAGCAUGACUAACGUCAAUAUGUAAAGUACUGUAUAGUGAGAAGGAAAAAAAAGCUACUUAUUCUGGUAUAUAAUUCUUGUGACGGUUGCAAUGAGCCCGUAUUUGGCACCUCAUAUUAUUUCACAAUGAAAGUAAAAUGAUUAAUGAUGACGACUUAAGCUGCUA